AUGACGCUACAAACCAGUGACGGACUCGAUGUUGAAUUUCUUGUUGACUUCAAUGCCAAAGUCAAGGAACGUCAAGAGAGUCAACUCGCUCAGUCAACCGCGCAUGAGACGGAGCCAACCACAUCAGCUCCCGCAGAACCUCCUCCGCUGGUCGAGCACUUUGUGCCCGGCGAAGAGCAAAGGGAAUAUGGACCUUCACACAUGAGGUUCUCGUCAGAAGAGGAGAAACGGCAAGAGCAGAUCAAAACCUUGUAUAAAAUGUCCGCUGAGACGGAAAAGAUGCGCGCUAAGAAUAGGACCGCAGCAGAAGAGAAAGCUAGAGCCAAGAGGGAGAAGUUGAAUGUGUUGCGGAGACGGAAAGGACUACCUGAACUCCGUACACCGUCGCCUGAACCUGAGCCAGAACUGCCCGAAGUCAAUUUGGAAGAGAUUCCCAUGCCUAUUGAGAAACCGCUGCAAGAACGUGAGCAGAAACCGGUACGAGAAUGGGAUCGCGGCAAGGGUCGAUACAAUACCUGGAUUCAAAAGCAAAGGGAUGAACGCGAAGAAGAAUUCGCUCCGCCCUCCUUUUAUUAUAAAUAG